CACUCCCCUGCAUUUAUUCAGCCUUUACGUCAUCGUCCUUAUUGUUCUUUGGAAUUUUGGAAUAUUAAUGAUAGAGCAUCAACUGCUAUACUCAAUGCAAAUUCUGCUUUGGAAAUGGCACAAUUACAGCUGAAGCAAACUUCAAAAGUGGUGUCUUUGCUGCCUGAUUAUAUACUUGGACUUUGGGAUGAUUUUGAGAAGCAGAGAGACUACAUUCGUGAAGUAACCAUCUCUAACACUGGCAAAAAAAGAAAUCAUCCUCGAAAGCAUGCUAUAAAAGAAGAAUCGAUUGUAAAUACAUUGAACGAAGCUUCUUACGAAACAGACCAAGCAAUUUUGAAUACUUUGGAUAUUUUGUCUCAUCAUAUUCAAGGUUAUGUUAAUGGUUUAUAUGUUGAUGUUAAUGAAGAUGGAAAAUCUGGUGAUGAUUCUAUGGAAUAUAACGAAGGUUUGAACAAGAGUAGAGGUGGUGGUGGACGUAAGAAACCAAAACCAAGUACUUCUUCUGGUCUUUGCUAA